AUGUCCACCUUUUUCUACCCCCAACAGCACCAGGCUUUCCACCAUCCCGCCGCCACUCACAUGCAGUCCAAUUCCAAUAACCACCAUGGUGGCCGUUCCCGGAGAGGUGCCAAGAAUGCAACCCAAAACGCCCAACGCCAGUUUCGAGGCGUCAAGAGUAUGAGGGAACUUGCUGAGGCCCCGGCCGUAUCUGCUUUCCGUGCACGCUUUGAAGCUGGACGCUCUUUCGAUCUGGACGAUGACCUGGAGUUCUGUCCCAAUCUCCUGACUGAGGAUGAUCUGCACUCAAUCCACUCUGCUUCGUCGGAUCAGUCAUCCCUUUCCAGCGGCUCUCCCAACUCGUCCCCCCUCCAGCACCAGAUCCAGCCUGUUCAGCAAGUCACCCCUUCCAUCUCGCUCUCUCCCGCGUCGACCAAUUCAUACGUCAACCCCGGUGUCGCCAACAUUAGUCAUCUGAACUUUCAGCAACCUUCCGCGGCUCGCACCCGCAAGGGUAUUCCGAUCGUUAACCCCAACACCGGGAUGACUCUGUCGAGUCCACCUACGUCCAUUACCCCCAUAAUGGCGCAGAAUGGUCAGCGACGCUGGUAA